AUGGCUAAUAAUACUACUAGAACGAUGUCCUAUGCCAAUAAUGCUACAAUAACAACAGGAUUAUCAGCAUGUAGUGAAGUGGUAAAUAUAACUCAAACAGUACAAGACCUUUAUAAUUUAUAUCAAAAUAACAGUUCAAAUUUAGUUUUAAGUGUAUUUUAUAAUAUUUCAAUUAUUAAUUUCAAUUGUACCACGGCAUUUGAUAAAUACUUUGAACAAAUUAUAAUAUUUACACGACCAGUAUCGAUUCAUAUUCAAGUAGCUUUAGGCGCCAAAUCUGACUCUUGUUCGAGUGGUGAGACAGCUCAAGAUCCACUUUGUCUACAGAAUGGUUCAACACCUGUAUGCAUUAGUCUCUUUACAAAUCCAUGGAUUUUCAAUUGCAGCGGAAUUCCGAUGACAUCUACCAUAUCUUCAUUAUCAACUAUGAAUAAUAAUGGAUUAACAUCGAUUUUAAAUUCAUGGCAAAUCGGUCUCAUAUGUAGUUUAAGUGGUUUCUUAUUAUUAAUUUGUUUUCUUCUUGUUGGAUAUUUGUGUCGACGUCGUUCACGUUCAAAACAUUUUUCUUUAACACCAGUAAAUUUUUUUGAUGAUAUGAUAUCACUACAAAAAAAUGGAAUACCUCUAUGUCAAGCUUUUCAACGAGCUGCUACAAUUGUACAACCUAAACAAAGAAGUACUAUGAUGAUGGCUUGGAUUCAUGAUGGUAUCGAUAAAAAUACUAGAAUUAAUGCAAAAAAUUAUAUUAAUGUAACAUCAGCUGGACCUUAUAAUCAAGGAACAUUUAUUGAUCAUGUCAAAAUCCAUGAUUCAGUUUUUUCUUCAAAUAUUUCUAAAAACUCAUUCAAACCUAUUUAUGCUCCAAAUAAUCAUAUUCAUCCCUUAGCAUCCAAACUACCUUCAAUAGCAAUUAUCUCUCGACCUGCGUCUGGAACAUCAAAGUAUCAAUUAAAAUCCAUUAUUGAAGACGAUAAACUCGAUCCAUCGGAUAAUAUUUCAUUACAUCAAUCGAAUUCAAAUAAUCCAAAAAAGCUGAGUACAUCAAUAUCAGAACAAUUUGGAAAUGUGUUAUCGCUUGAUGAAAGCUUACAUGACGAAGAUGCCUGGAUGUCGAUUUUAGAUGUAGCUAAUGCUGAACUUGAUGUACUCAAUCGAUUGGAAAAUGAACAAAAUCGUAUAAAAACAAUAGUGUAA